UGCUGUAGAAAAUGGGCACUGAACGGACUUCUUGGACAAACCUGUCCACCAUUCAGAAAAUAGCACUGGGCCUCGGGAUCCCAGCCAGCGCAGCAGUAGCCUAUAUCCUGUACCGCAGGUAUAGAGAAAGCAGAGAAGAGCGGCUGACAUUCGUUGGGGAGGAUGACAUUGAGGUCGAGAUGCGGGUUCCCCAGGAGUCUGUGAAGCUGAUCAUUGGCCGGCAAGGAGCCAAUAUUAAACAGCUGCGGAAGCAGACAGGCGCUCGGAUUGAUGUGGACACAGAGGAUAUAGGCGAUGAGCGGGUGCUGCUCAUCAGUGGUUUUCCUGUUCAGGUUUGCAAAGCCAAAGCCGCGAUCCAUCAGAUCCUGACCGAGAACUCCCCGGUGUCUGAGCAGCUCUCAGUUCCCCAGAGAUCUGUGGGCAGAAUCAUAGGGAGAGGUGGCGAAACAAUUCGUUCUAUCUGUAAGGCCUCUGGAGCCAAAAUUACCUGUGACAAAGACUCAGAGGGAACACUGCUGCUAUCAAGACUUAUAAAAAUCUCGGGAACACAGAAAGAAGUGGAAACAGCCAAGCAUUUGAUCUUGGAGAAAGUGUCAGAAGAUGAAGAGCUUCGGAAGAGAAUUACGCAUUCUGCAGAAACCAGAGUCCCACGCAAGCAGCCGAUCAGUGUAAGGAGAGAGGAAGUGGCAGAGCUAGGUGGAACCGGAGAGCCAGCUUUGUGGAAAUACGCCAUUUCCAACAUGGAGCAGGCUCUACCACUGGCCAUUCCGCCCCACAAAGGAGGCGGCGACAUAGCUGCUGAAGGGCCACAGCAGGACGAAAGUUCCUGGGAGAAAUCUAAUACUGACAGCUUUGAGGAGGCAUGUGGAGCCCAGGCCAGUCCAGAGAUGUCUAUGUUUGAAAUCCCCAGUCCUGACUUCAGUUUCCAUGCUGAUGAAUACCUCGAAGUCUACGUCUCAGCCUCUGAACACCCUAAUCACUUCUGGAUCCAAAUCCUUGGCUCCCGCAGCCUCCAGUUGGAUAAGCUUGUCAGUGAGAUGACCCAGCACUAUGAUAACAGCCUGCCUGAAGACUUGACUGUGCAAGUAGGAGACAUUGUGGCAGCACCUUUACCUUCCAAUGGGUGUUGGUACCGAGCCCGAAUCCUCGGUACUUUGGAGAAUGGGAACCUGGACCUCUACUUUGUUGACUUUGGGGAUAAUGGAGAUUGCCCACUGAGGGACCUCCGAGCUCUCAGGAGUGACUUCCUGAGCCUUCCAUUUCAAGCAAUAGAGUGCAGUCUGGCACAGAUCGCCCCUGCAGGUGAACAGUGGGAGGUGGAGGCCUUGGAUGAGUUUGACAGACUCACUCACUGUGCUGACUGGAUACCCCUGGUGGCCAAAAUCUCUAGCUACGUCCAGACUGGAGUCUCAACUUGGCCAAAGAUCUACUUAUACGAUACUAACAAUGGAAAGAAACUUGACAUUGGAUUAGAAUUAGUUCGCAAAGGAUAUGCAAUUGAGCUUCCUGAAGAUGUGGAAGAAAACGGUGCUGUCCCUGAUACAUUGCAAGAAAUGGCCACAGAAACAGAUGUCUCUCUUGGCAGCAUGGUCGCUGAGACUAAGAAGAGCCCUGGAGAGAUAGCACAUACCUUGUCAUGCCUCAGCUUAUCAGAAGCUGCCUCUAUGUCUGGCGAUGAUAACCUUGAAGAUGACUACUUACUCUGAAGUCUGUGCCUCAGCUGGCUCGGCCAUCUGCUUUGCUGUGUG